CCCCCAACCAAAAACAAAAGCUCAGCUCAACCUGCGGCGAAUGCGCUGAACCCUCCUACGCGCGGCGACUCAACUUCGAUGGAAGAGGGAGGCCCCGCAGGACCGAAGGUCGUCCGUCUUCUGUAUUUCGCCGGCGCCGGAUUUAUGUUCACGAUCGCCGUCAACAAGUGGAGAGAGCUCGAGAGGAACUCGAUGGAGAAGCAGCGUCUGUCCCUUGAGACGCAUGGCGAUCACAAAUUGCUGCGGGAGGGACCAGCGAAAUGAUUCCGCAGGUUAAGGGACAGGAGGAUCUGGAGAAACAUUACUCAAAGAUCCAAACACUCUGUCGCCGAUCGGGAUGAUGUUUGCUCAUCCCACCAAAGGAAUAUCAUUGUUAAAGUAUGUAGCCAAAUGUUGAGACGAGAAGCUUUUGCUUUUGGUGAACAAACUUUGUUUUCUCCAUAGUUAGUAAUUAAUGAAAGCUUAGCCAUGGUGAGCGACAGGAAGAAGUAGGUAUGUACGCAUCCUUGUAGGGUGAGUAGGAGGUUCCUCACUCCUGGGUUCAUAAAAUGCCCCCAAACUUUGCUUCUCUAAUCUUGUUGCUGGCACUGGAAUUGCAAUACUAUUACUGCUAUCAUCUUUUCCUCUUGUCAAUCAAUUGUUUCACUUCUUGCCUAGAAAGUUAUAAAGAGAACUAACUAUAUUAUCUCUGCA